AGAAGACUUAGCGAUAACGAGACAGCUUACAUCAGGGCUUUAAAGUCGCCAUGCGGAGAAAACUUUGUGUAGUGAGAGAGUAUCAUUACAGAAGAGGCGAAGAACACAUCCCGCAGAUUACAUGAUGGCGCCAAGCCCUGUCUUACCCAACUCGGUCAAGCCAACCCCUGCUGGGUCGGAAUCAACACCAUCGCGACGCGUAGCACAGCUUACGGAACACCUCGUGCCAUCAGGAAGCAUUGAACAGGCUGGAGAUCAGACUGCCACGCCAACCCCAUAUCCAUCUUCAGAGUUGAAGUUGGAUCCGACCCGCUGCAUCGAUCAUAUAAGAAAGGUCAGGGUCGCAGUCAUCGGUGCCGGCAUAUCUGGUAUCAACGCUGGCAUCCUUUUGCCUGCCAAAGUACCCGGCAUUGAAUUGACCAUUUUCGAGAAAAACAACGAUGUCAGCGGCACGUGGCUUGAAAAUGUAUAUCCCGGCGUGCGAUGUGACAUUCCCGCCCAUGUAUACCAAGCGACAUACUCACCCAAUACUCAGUGGUCUGAAAUCUUUGCACGAGGUGCCGAGAUUCGCGACUAUUGGCAGGCACAGGCUAGAAAACACGACGUCUACAAGUACGUCAAGCUUCAGCAUCGCGUUGACGAAGCAGAAUGGGAUGAUACGCAUUCCAAUUGGCGGGUGAUAGUACACAAUCUCAAAGAUGGGACCACAGCAGCGCACAGUUUUGAUUUCGUCAUCACCGCCAUUGGCCGAUUUAACCAGUGGAAGUUGCCCAAUUAUCCGGGCCUGAACGACUACCAAGGCCAUUUGAGGCACACAUCGAACUGGGAUGUCUCCUUUGAUCCGACAGAUAAGAAAGUCGCUGUCAUCGGAAAUGGAGCAAGUGGUAUACAGGUCGUGCCGAAUCUGCAGCCCGUUGCAAAACACGUCACUCACUUCGUUCGCAACCCAACGUGGAUCGCAACAUCGUGGGCAGGCGACGAGCGAACUUUCGAACCUCAGCCAUACACCGAGGAGCAGCGCAAAGCUUUGGAAGAUCCCGAGACAUAUUUAGCCUUCCGGAAAGAUAUGGAAGAUAGAUACUGGAGACGAUUUCGAGCCAUGAUCCGUGGGACAACUGAGAACCAAGGCAUGCGGGAGCAAUUCAUUGAAGUUAUGAAAAAGCGGGUAGCGAAGAAGCCCGAAUUGCUUGACGGAUUAAUACCAGAUUUCGCACCCCACUGUAGGCGACUCACACCAGGCCCUGGCUACUUGGAGUCUCUCACCGAAGACAAUGUGGAGCUUGUCAAGACAUCCAUCAAGCGUUUCACAUCUGGAGGUAUCGAAACGGUCGAUGGCAGGACAUUCGAUUUUGACGCGAUAUUCUGCGCGACCGGUGCCAACACCGACCUCGUUCCACCAUUCUCGAUCAAGGCGCGAGGGAUAGAUCUACAUGAAGCCUGGAAGCCUGGAGGUAAAUGGGGAUUCCCAUAUACAUAUUUUGGUCUGGCUGCGCCUGGUUUCCCCAAUUUAUUCUUCCUAGCUGGACCGCACGCUACUGGUCCUUCGGGUACAGUACCGCAUGGCGUGGAGACUUCGCUCGCAUACUUCGCGCAAGUUUUUCGCAAGGUUUCUUCGCAAGGUUACAAGUCUAUAGUGCCAUCUAAGGAGGCGACAGACGACUUUGUCGACUAUAGUGAUGCUUUCUUCCCAACUACAGUCUUGACUGAUAACUGCUCGUCUUGGAAUAACGGUGGAGUUCCUGGACAGCGCAUCCAUGGCUUGUGGCCUGGUUCAGCUGCGCAUUUCACCAUUGCCAGACGAGAGCCACGUUGGGAAGACUUCGAGUUCGAACGUGAACAUAAGGGCAAUCGCUUUGCCUACUUUGGCAAUGGUUACACUGAAGCAGAGCUAGAUGAUUCGACUGACUUGACCUCAUAUCUUAGGGCUCCUGGCCAAGAAGUAGAUCUUAGAGAUUUGCAUGAACGCUGGUGGGAUGUUCCAGGUGCAGAAAAGAAGCCAUAGAUACUCGUCCC